ACGCCACCACUUACUUGCAAAUAAUGCAAAACACCAGGGGCAGGCAAGUAACUUCGCGUCGGCUCCACCUUUUUUAUCUGGCUCCCCCACCUUCUCUGGCCCGACGACGCCCCCAUUUCGAAGCUCCUCCUCGCGAUUCCAAUCCACGCACGCCAUCUCCGACUCCGCGUCCGCCUCGCGCAGGACAUAUAUUCAGUGAUGGAACACAAGGAGGCCGGCUGCCAGCAGCCGGAGGGCCCAAUCCUAUGCAUCAAUAACUGUGGUUUCUUUGGAAGCGCUGCCACCAUGAACAUGUGCUCCAAGUGCCACAAGGAGAUGAUAAUGAAGCAGGAGCAGGCCCAGUUGGCUGCCUCCUCCAUCGAUAGCAUUGUCAAUGGCGGUGAUAAUGGGAAAGGACCUGCAAUUGCUGCAACUGUAGGUGUGGCAGUUCCUCAAGUCGAGGAGAAGACUAUCGCCGUGCAGCCUAUGCAUGUCGCUGAAACCAGCGAGGCUGCUGCUGUUAUCGCGAAGGCCAAGGAAGGCCCAAACCGGUGCGCAACCUGUAGGAAGCGUGUUGGGUUGACGGGUUUUAACUGCCGAUGCGGGAACACGUACUGUUCGAUGCACCGCUACUCCGACAAACACGACUGCCAGUUCGACUAUCGAACUGCAGCUAGGGACGCUAUCGCCAAGGCCAAUCCAGUGGUGAAGGCGGAGAAGCUUGACAAGAUCUGAGGCGGGGGCAUUGGGUAACGAAAAAUGGUUGCGAUCUGCAAGAAUUCAGCAUGUCUCUUUGCUGCUUUAUCAUUGAACUUCCCAUUCUUGUCUUGCUGUCACGUCCCCUGGGGUUCAAUACUAUGAUGCGCACAGCAUCCUGGCAGCUGCAAGAAUUCAUCCCCAGUCGAGUCACGAAAAUGGUUUGCGUGUUGACUAUGUCGUGUAAGCUUAUUCAGUUAUUCUUGGUGGUUUGGGUCGGUAUCGUGUCAUUCCCCGUUUAGGUAGCUCUGUAAUCUACUAUUCUCAAUUUCUCAUGUGUGUUGCCUUCCAAUCAGUAAUAGUAAUCAGCAAUUGUCUGCCAUA